UUGAGGAACGCUGAUGACCAAACUGGUGAGACUAAACUCGUUUGCUUUGAGAUAAGAGUCUCACAUGGUGGUUCUUCACGAUGACUUCUAAGUUGUUUGUUUUUUAGCAAGAAGCAGAAGAAAAAAAAUCGAAUAUUUUGUGAUGCUCGCCUCUUUGGACUCCUGCGUUGGGUCUUUGAAAACAAUGCCAUCGAGGUGUUCUGAGCGGAGGUUCCAGCGCGUGGAGAAAGUUCUCGUAUAAGUCAGACUGGAGCUUCCGGAGGAUGGAGAGCACGACGUCGACGAGCGAGCAGUCCAUGACGGGCCGCACGAUGAUCCCCACCAUCCCGUCCAUCAUGUUCAUCUUCGGGGUGGUGGGCAACGUCAUCGCCAUCGCGGUGCUGUGUCGGUCUCGCAAGGAGCAGAAGGAAACCACCUUCUACACGCUGGUGUGCGGUCUGGCCGUCACCGACCUGUUGGGCACGCUGCUGGCAAGCCCGGUCACCAUCGCCACUUACGUGAAGGGCGCCUGGCCCGGCGGGGAACCCCUGUGUCAGUACUUCGGCUUCACCCUAAUCUUCUUCUCCCUGGCCGGCCUCAGCAUCAUCUGCGCCAUGUCCGUGGAGAGAUACAUGGCCAUCAACCACGCGUAUUUGUACAACGACUACGUGGACCAGAAGCUGGCCGGCUUGACCCUCUUGGCCAUCUACGUGUCUAACGCGCUGUUUUGCGCGCUGCCGGUGCUGGGCUUCGGCCGCGUCCAGAAACAGUACCCGCAGACGUGGUGCUUCUUGGAGUGGCGGAGCGACGAGACGAGCGACGCGGCGUUCAACUUUAUGUACGCUGGCUUAAGCUCGGUGCUGAUCCUGGCAACGGUGCUGUGCAACGUGCUGGUGUGCGGGGCUCUCAUCCGUAUGCACCGGCGCUACGUGCGUAGGACGUCGCUGGGCACUGACCUGAGCCGCGGCAACGUGGACUCGCGCAAGAAAGGCCGAAGUUUCGGACGCCUGGCCGGUGCCGAGAUCCAGAUGGUCAUCCUGCUCAUAGGCACCUCGGCAGUGGUGCUCAUCUGCUCUAUUCCGCUUGUUGCUCAGGUGUUUCUGAACCAGCUCUACAAGACGCCGGUAGAACUACGCUUGGACAAAAACCCCGACCUGACGGCCAUUCGCUUUGCCUCCUUCAACCCCAUCCUGGAUCCGUGGAUCUACAUUCUGCUGCGCAAGGCCGUCUUCCGCCAGCUUGUGGAGAACAUCAAGUGCCUCUUCUGCAAGAUGGGCAUCAGGGGGCAGAGGACUAAUGGCAACGGGAGCUGCCACUGCAUGGAUGCGUCACCCCAUCCUCCCUCCUCAACCGUCUCCAAACGGGACUCGCGCUCAUUGGUGUUCGGCGACGUUCCGGAUAUCAGCUCCCAGACUUUCUUGGAUCACUCCCAGGGAAGAAUAUCGCCUGCCGGGAGCUGCUGUGACAAUCACAAAGUGGAAAAUGUAUCAUGGGCUUCAUCAUGCGAGCAUGGCGACGUGGCCCCAAGGACAGAAGGGGACCAUGUGCUCAGGGGCCCCCAAGCUAAGGACCCUGGACUACAAAUGUCACUCAGCUCAGUAACUAUGGAUGAAAAAUGCAUCUGAACUUGCACUGACUCGGAAAUGGAGCCCACGUGGAAGGAAAAACUGAGUCAUAUCUCACAGGCAAUCAGUCAGGAAAAAAAAUGCUACCAGUGAAGACUUUUGCACUGUUGCCUCAUGACAAGAAUGUCUGGAAUGCUGAAUUUCUAAGCAUUUCAAACAGCGUCCAGUAAAUGGUUAAACUUUCUCCAAAACCUGGAUGCACAUGAGCUACAAACUAUUACGAUUAAAGAUAUCGACUCUGGCCAAAAAGAAAAAUAAGUUUGGUUUGUCCGUCCAUUUGUUAGCUCACAGUUAUUUCCUGGUUCAGAGGUUAGCAUUGGACUUACAAGACUAUUGUUUAAAUUCUAGGACAGAAUCAUUUUAACUCUGAAACAGUGGUUGAAUUGUUCUGUUUUGACUGUGGCAAAAAAAAAAAGUAUCAUAUGUGCCAUAUGUUUGUCCGUCCAUGUGUCAGAUAGCAGCUAGCUCAAGGUUGAGAAGUGAGUCUACCAUCUGAAAUCAGAGGAACAGUUCUUUCUGAAAAAAAUCACAAAAGGCAAAUUCCUCUAAUUGAAUAUGGUGGCACAUUGUAAUUUUCUCUGUCUGUAUAUUAGCAAGCUGCUCCUUUAGGAUUGCUAAUGAAAACGGUUUCAUUGUGACUCAAAAUGCAAGAACUGAAAUAAACGUUCCUCCAAGAAAAGUUUUAUUAAUAUGCAUAUUUGUGAAAGAUUUCUUCAUGACAAAAAUGAAAUAAAGUACUGAAUUGCCAUCUAUUUCCAAUCCUAGCACUGUGAGGCAGACAUGCUAACCACUAGUCCACCAUGCUGCUUGUCGAGUGCCAUAUUUAUUCUUUUUUGGGUCUAUCAAUGAGUUUUAGUUGUAUCUACUUAUUGAGGUGAACAGAGAAACAAUUUGUAUUUGCUCACUAAUCUCUGCUUUUGUUAUUAGGUACACAUUUGGUAGUAUUUCAACAUAAAUGACUUCUUUGUGACUCAAGCAACGGGAAAUGACACCCUGUUCUAUUUUUGGGCCACCUUGUGAUAAAAAACUUUUGGACAGAUUUUUAAAUCAUACUAGCAGAGCUCAAACAUCAAAAUAACAGUUAGGACCAGCUGAUUCAUGAAUUUGUGGUCAGCAGAAGCAGCAGCAGCAGCAGCAGCAAAUGUGAGCCUGCUGGGAACUUUCUUUGUUUUGGAUUCUAUUGUACAGACCUUUUUUUUUUUUGAAGGACAUGUUAUUUCAGCCUCAUGACUAAUGUGCAGUUUUAUUUUUGUGGUGAAUGGUAACUGUUCCUUUUUUGUCAGUUCUGGAAUCCACGUGAACAUUUCAUCUCAAAUAUCUGAAGAAGGUACAAAAGAUUCCAGUUUGUGACAUCUAAUUAUUUACAUGUGACUGCUGGGAAUAUUUUUCCACGUGUGGUGCGUUUAUGCUUAGUGUCGAGUUUUCAAGGGUUUUUAUCACAUUCAUGUGCUGAGAGAUGAUAUUCUCUCGCCAAUCCCAACUCCAAAGGCAACAAUAAGUCCAAACAUGAAGUCCUUUUCCAAAUUUUGGUAUUCAUAAUAAUAUACAAGAAAUCUUUGUGUAAAUACUUAAGAUUUGGAGCUAAGGCUGCUUUUUGUUGGACAGUUGCUGUAUCUUCUUAUCAAUACAUGCCCUGGAAUUCCUGCUUUGAGAAAAUCCAAACUAAAAGAGAUGUUAACUUAUAUUAUAUGGGUGUACUAUUAAUUAAUUUUUGUAAGACCAAAAUAUUUCAAAACUAAAUUGAAUACAGCUGAAAAUGACAAGAAAGUUUUGAUCGUUUGCCCCCCUCCUUGCCUUGACAAUUUUAUCUUGAUUAACUGCCAUUCUUUCAAAGUUUGCCAUUUUAUGAACAAUGUUGGCCUUAACUGCAUCUUUUAAAAUAUGACAAAGAAGGAUAUUCAUUUAAAUGUUUGAGUGUCAAACAAAAGCUUGAGUUUCACACUAGAAUGGCCUUAGUUGUAUUAUUAUUUUUUUAAAUACAGGCCUUUUAUAAUGUUCGAUUGUUUUCGCGCUUAGCCUUUUACAAUGUUACCGUUAAAUUACCUUUUUAACUUAAUGUCCCACUUUUUACUCCUUUGAAUUGUGAACAUGUGCAAAGAUAGUCAUCCCCGUCCUAUUUGUACAGAAUAUUUCAUUUGUUUGCUCAUUAAAGAUGUACAAGAUAUAGUUUAUUCA